AUGGCGACCAUGGAUUUACGGGUCGGAAACAAGUACCGCAUCGGAAGAAAGAUUGGUAGCGGAAGUUUCGGUGACAUUUACCUUGGAACCAACAUCAUUUCUGGCGAGGAGAUCGCCAUCAAGCUCGAAUCAGUCAAGGCUAAGCACCCACAGCUAGAAUAUGAGGCUAGGGUAUACAAAUCACUUGCCGGUGGUGUCGGAAUUCCCUUCGUACGCUGGUUUGGAACAGAGUGUGACUACAAUGCCAUGGUCCUUGAUCUUCUUGGUCCCAGUUUAGAGGAUUUGUUCAACUUCUGCAACCGCAAGUUCUCGCUCAAGACAGUUUUGCUCCUUGCUGAUCAGUUGAUCUCACGUAUCGAGUACAUUCAUGCCAAGUCAUUCAUUCACCGUGAUAUCAAACCCGACAACUUCCUCAUGGGAAUUGGGAAGCGUGGGAAUCAGGUUAAUGUUAUUGAUUUUGGUCUUGCAAAGAAAUAUCGUGAUCCUAAGACCCAUUUUCAUAUCCCUUACAGAGAAAACAAGAACUUGACUGGAACUGCAAGAUACGCGUCCAUCAACACACAUUUGGGAGUUGAGCAAUCUCGUCGUGAUGACAUGGAGUCCCUUGGAUAUGUCAUGCUCUAUUUCUGUCGUGGAUCACUCCCUUGGCAGGGAUUGAAGGCUGCUACCAAAAAGCAGAAGUAUGAUCGUAUAAUGGAGAAGAAAAUGACCACUCCCACUGAGGUUCUCUGCCGUGGAUUCCCCAACGAGUUUGCUAUCUACCUCAACUACACCAGAUCCCUCAGGUUUGAUGACAAGCCCGAUUACUCUUAUCUUCGUAAGAUCUUCAGGGAUUUGUUUGUCAGGGAAGGUUUCCAAUACGACUAUGUCUUUGACUGGACUGUCUACAAAUACCAGCAAAAGAAUGCCCAAGCUAUUGCCCAAGCAGCCGGCGGUGGACAGCAAGCUCCCCAGCAGGAGGAGAUGGAUGAUAAGGAUUUGACCAAACAGCGCGCUACACGCACCAACGCUGCUACUGCUGGUCACCCACCUGCUCAAGCCUCUGCCAAGCCUGCGGGCGUUGUUAGUAGCACCAGGAGAAAGGUUGUCGACAGAACUGGUGCCAUGGGCGUUGAUACACCUGGCACAAUGGAUACCACCCGUGGAUUGAGUGGAUCUGAUAGGAUGCUUCGUUCUGCAUCAAAGGGCGCCCAGCCCGGUGGCUCUGGUGCCCAGCAGUGGUAUUGA